GCAGUUAAGGUGAAAGGGAAGGCAUAUUUUGAUUGAUGGAUAUGGAUAGUGAAAAGGAGUGGUUAAAAGAUUGCAUUUGCACUGUCCAAGAAAACAAAGCACACUGGCAGGAUAUCGCGGCCUUGGUGCUUGUAAAAGUUGGAUUGGAUGGUACUUUUUUCGAUUGUGUAGCCUAGUUAGUAUUCAGGGAUUGACUACGAGUAACAAGGAAUGGAAAUCUUCAGAAAAGAAAUCAUGUGACUAUGGAAAUCAAUUAAGUCAAAUGAUAUGAAUGUGCUUUGCUCCGUAGACUGGUAUCAUCUCAUCAGGGUUUCCAGUAAAAUUCUGUCAUGCUUGGCUUGGCAUUUGAACUGUGUGCUAGGUCCUGAAAAUGGCAGGUCUCGAUCUUUAUCUUAAUCAAGUGGUUUGAGAGCUUAUACUUUACCUAUAAUUAUUUGAAGUAAAGUUGAUAUCUUAACUGCUCCCAUUAAAGGGUCCCAAUGAUAAUGAUUAACAGGCCCCUGAUAUGUGCAUAUUGUGGACCUGUUGAGACCAUGUGGAAAGUAAAACUGUCACCUCUUUACCAGCUUUUCCUGCGAAAUAAAAAGAUGGAAAAUCCUGUCUGGGGUGGUUGGAUUAUCUUAGUUCUUCAUUACUUGUGUUUGGUGGAUGUAAUGUAUGAUUCUACAUCCGUUUCUCUUGAUGGACCAUGAGAUAUUAAUAAUGCAACACAGUACUCCAUUUAUUGUUUCUUAACUGUAGGUUUUCCAGCUUUUGGUGAUCCAGAUUUCUCAUUGCAGUGUUUUUCUUUUUUUCCCUGAGGAAAUCUAGUGGUGUAUUUGGGGCAACAUGUCAAGUUAGGCCAGGUCAAUGUUGUGGGGGCAUAUACACCUGUUCUCUUUAUUAUGUUUUCUUACAUUAAAGUUGGCGUAGCAAGCUUAAGUCUGCAUUAUUUAGUAAUGAUCAUUUCACAGGCUCUUGUAUGUCCUCAAGGACGUAGGCUCAUGUAAUGUUUACCGUCACAAGAAGUUGGCUUUUGCAAAUGCUAUUGCUACUCCAAGUUAUUUGAUUAUAUUUGUGAUGCUACACUCGUUCUUCUUUAGUGUGCCCUCUAGAAUAUAGCUCAUGGAACAAAUUAAGAUGUGAAGCCAGGAUUUAUUUCAUUUCACAUGGGAGUUUUUAAAUGCUUCACAAGCCCAUGCUUUGACCUUUUACGGUUAACUAGAAGAGUUGAGUUAAGAUCUUGUAAAAAUAGCUUGGAAUAUAGCUUGCUGGAGCUUGGCUCAGAGUUGCUUCCAGCUCUCUUGAACAAACAUUGCUUUAGGUGCUUCAAUGCCGAGAUCAAGAGGAUCAGAAAUGCCUCAAAGGCAGUCUCCUCGAGGCUCACAUCCACUUAGGACAUCUAACUCUGAUUCCGACCCACUGCAUCAUAGACCUAUAACUGAUCGAAGAGAAAAGCUAGGAGACCGUUGCUCCCCAAGAGGCUCCCAGCCUGACUCAUUAAACCAAAAGAAGCUUGGAACCCGCAUUGCAGAUUUAGAAUCUCAGCUUGGCCAAGCACAAGUAGAGCUGAAGACUCUAAAAGAGCAGUUGGCUUCAGCUGAAGCUGCAAAGAAAGAAGCUCAAAAAGAAUUGGAGAAAAAAGCCAGGAAAGGUGCUGUUCCAGAGCCAGAGGUGGAUUCCAAAAAAGCAGAUAGCAACUCAGCAGAUGAAGUUUCUGAAGACAACCAGCUGGAAACUGAUGUUUUUGAAGUUCCAGUGGAGAAAAAGACUGUUGAGCCCAAGGAUGAUCCUGGCGACCUGCUUGAUCAGGUAGAAAAAGAAAACAACCCAACUGAUAUACCGGCUGAACCGCUAGUGAUUUCAGAGCCAGAAAAGCUGUCUUUUCAUGACCUGGCAUUGAAGGAUGAUGAGAUAAAUAUGCUAAAAACCAAGCUAGAAGAGAAACAAAAGGACCUAGAGGUGUUUGGUAUGGAAAAUGAGAACUUGAAGAAUCAACUGAAUGAAGCAAAUUUGUACAUCUCAUCUGCCAAAUCCAAGGAAGAGGAAGUGUCCUUGAAGCUGGGCCAAUUGGGAGAAGAGCUGGAAGCAAGUAAAGCAAAUGCUGCCCAGUUAAAGGGGAAACUGGAAGCUGCCGAAGGAGCGAACGAAGCAUUGGAGACAGAAAUGAAGAAAAUGAGAGUGCAGACAGAGCAGUGGAGAAAAGCAGCAGAUGCUGCUGCUGCAGUACUCGCUGGGGGAGUGGAGAUGAGUGGAAGGAUUCCAGAGAGGUGUGGCUCCAUGGAUAAGCACUUUGGUGGUGUAUUCGAGCCACCAGCAGGAGGGUAUGCUGGUUUUGUCGGAUCACCUGGAAUGGCUGAUGAUUUGGACGAUGGUUUUGGUAGCGUGAAGCGAAAGAGCUCUGGGAUCAAGAAGUUUGGAGACUUGUGGAAAAAGAAGGGCCAGAAAUAAGAUGUUAUGUUGUUGAAAUCCUGAUCCACCUUUUUUUAUUGUGUUGGUAAGGAAAUGGUUGCUUACCAUUUCACAUUUUGUUGUCAAUGUUUAUAUAUGUUGAAGUUACGUUAUCUAAACCUUUCCAGGGAUGAUUUUGUAGCAUGUUGUUGCUUUGGUGAAACUGGGAAUCCUCCUAACUUUCACAAUAAAAUAUGUGGAGACCUCACUCUUUUUUAA